GAUCUCUCUCGCUACUGUGUGGCAACAGCUCUGUUGGGGCUAAUGCCCUCAGGCUGGAUAACAGCCUGCUUCAGCAUCAGAGUCUUCACAGUUUGAAUCAAAACGUUGAAUAUAAUGGAUGUGGGAAAGGCUUCCACCAGGAAACCGGCUUCCUUCAACAGAAAAGAACACACACUGGAGAUAAAAGCUUUGAAUGUCAUGAAUGUGGGAAGGCAUACUGCAGGAAAUCAAACCUGGUUGAACAUCUGCGAAUACACACAGGGGAAAAACCUUAUGAAUGUGGCGACUGUGCCAAAACCUUCAGUGCCAGAUCAUACCUCAUUGCCCAUCAGAAAACUCACACGGGGGAGAAGCCUUUUGAAUGCCCUGAAUGUGGGAAAUCUUUUGGCCGGAAGUCACAACUCAUUUUACACAGGAGAACCCACACAGGAGAGAGACCCUAUGAAUGUACAGAAUGUGGGAAAACCUUUUCUGAGAAGGCAACUCUCACCAUCCACCAGAGGACCCACACGGGGGAGAAACCCUACAAGUGUAGUGAAUGUGGGAAACCAUUUCGUGUCAAGAUAGCCCUCACCCAGCACCAGAGAACUCACACGGGGGAGAAACCCUAUGAAUGUGGGGAAUGUGGGAAAAAUUUCCGGGCAAAGAAAUCCCUAAAUCAACAUCAGAGCAUUCACACAGGGGAGAAACCUUAUGAAUGUGCAGAAUGUGGGAAGUUCUUCCGAAUGAAGAUGACUCUCAAUAAUCAUCAGAGGAUCCACACCGGUGAGAAACCCUAUCAGUGCAAUGAAUGUGGGAAAGCUUUCAGUGUGCACUCCUCUCUUGGGGUCCAUCAGAGAAUUCACACGGGAGAGAAGCCUUACCAAUGCAACAAAUGUGGUUACGCCUUCUACGUGAAAGCACGUCUCAUUGAGCAUCAGCGAAGACAUUCGGGAGAGAAACCCUAUGAAUGCACUGAGUGUGGGAAGAUCUUUAGCAUGAGGAAGUCCCUUCGGCAGCACCGGAGAACGCACACAGGAGAGAAACCGUAUGAAUGCAGUGAGUGUGGAAAUGCCUUCUACGUGA